AUGCCACGGAGCCGCAGAGGCAGAAAGUGUGCCUCACCUCGCGUGUCCAUAGCAUCCCAGAGGGGAGCUGAUGCCUUCAAGCAUGCGUGUUUUCGGUUAGGGAGGCAGCCCACCUGCGAUGUGCUCGCAGAUUUGCGUGACAAUGGCGCUCUGGUACUGGAUGUGCAGCUCUGCCGGGAUCUGGAGCCAUUUCUCAUCUUCCUCCGGGAGGCCCCGUUGGGCAUCUACCAGGUGGUGAUCUAUGAUGGCUUCUGGUUCUUCGGACAGGAUGACCACUACCGAGUCAAGCUUCAAGCGGCUGCUCAGAGAAUGCCGGAAGGGAUACUCAAAGAUCAGGUCCAGCUGUGGCGCCUGAUGCGGGCGCUUGCUGCCUUUUGCUCCUUGCGAGGCCGCAGUCUUGCAGUGCUGGAGCUCACAGGCCUUCCGCUGGGCCGCUCAGCCCAUCACAACGUCACCGUGCCACUGUGCCGCUGCCUAGCGGCUGCGCCGGCACUGCAGAGACUGCACCUAGCAGGUUGCAGCUUGCAAGACCGCGGGUUGGCACAACUCCUGCCAUACCUUGGCACGGGCCUCCCGAAGCUGUCGCACCUCUCCUUGGCGCAGAAUCGCCUUCGAGACAUUCGGCUGCUGGCUCGACUUCUACAUGUCCGAGCACAAGCGCAGCAAAAGCAGCAGGUGGUCCCUCUCAGCGUGCUCGACCUUUCAGGGAAUCCCUUCCUGGGUGCGGUUCGCUGUCCACAGGAAUCUCCCAGACUUUGGCAUCGACGGGACCUUUGCGCGCCUUUGAGCAGGGAGAACUUGCUCCGCAUCCUAUGCCAAGCCCUGCGGUCGGGUCUGCUCAUCAAGACGAUACGCUUAAGGUAUAUGGGCCUCAGGCGAGAUGACUUGAGGCCGCUGCUGCAGAUGCUGCGAAGAGAGCUGGCGCAUGAACAUGAUGGCUACAGCUGCCGGUUCCCACUGGCUGAACUGAGUUUAGAAGGGAACGAGCUCGAUGAGCAGUUCCCGGCUGCCAUCUCGAAUGCGCUGAGGGAGCUGUCUCCUCCGGUAGCCCUGCGCUGGCCGUAUCCAGACCAAGCCGUGCCUGGCAAAGGCCGAGGCUCUCAGCCAGUCGAACAGCUGCCGGAACCCCGAAGUUUUGAGCUUCGAAAAUCCGAGUCGCUUCCGGACUUGGUGAGUGCCGGGAGCUCUGACAUGCCAGAGCGAGACGCGCUAAGUGAGGGUGACAUUGAUGACAAUGACGGGUUCAGCAGCUUGAACCUCCGAUCCCGCAGGGAAACAGUCCAGCAAUUCCAGGAAGAGCUUAAGAUUUUGUCCGCCAUGCUGGAAGCGAGGGGAAUUCGAGGUUCUGGCCGAGCACCAAACUUGCACAGCGCAGGGCAGCAAAGUGGGCAUGCGCAAAGCGCAUGCGAAGGCAGUGCACAACAGGUUCUGCAGAUGCAAGCGAGAGGCUUCGGGCCAAUACGGCAAACGCUGGCAGAAAACAUCUCAAGUCACAGUGGUGACGAGGGUAUUGCGGUGGGGACCAUUCCGGACAUGGGGCUUGCAUGUGGUUUUGGGCCUCCUGUGCCUCCUGGAACAUAUUCGUACACAGAAUCCACCGAAGGCUCAGAAAUCCCGGGAGAGUCCAUCCCACCUGAGUCUGAUGGGCCGCCGCAACAACCAUCUAGUGACCCUCAAAGACAUGCAAAAAUGCAGGUCCUUCGGAGCGUGAUCUCAGAGGGACAGAAUACUGAUAUACCGAUGGAUCAGAUGAUGCGUUUUGCACUGGACCUUGUGAGCUCCGACACAAGCCUGAAUGCUCUCGCGGAGCUGCCAGGGCGGCUGGAGAUGGAGGGCGAGCGCUCGUCCAGUCAGUUAUUUCCGGGGCCUGACGAAAGGAGCUCCCACUCCGAAGGUGACAGGCCACGACGCUCCCAUUCUGUGUGA